UCACUAGAAAUCAAGUUUUCCACACCAACCUUGCUGCGACCCAGGAGAAUACGGAAGAGCAGUGGGAGAGGUCACGAGGUCAUUCUUGUAGCCGAUACCUUGCGCAAAUCCAGGCUUGCUCUCGGAUUUGUGGUUUCCUCAAAUUAUUGGCGUCAAAGUUUCGAACAAUGUAGUCAAAGUCAUUUUGCUGGUCAAGCCGCAAGUUCCCAACUUACAGUGAAUUGGGUCAUUUUGUGGUGAAAAUGAAGCGACUGUCCAAGAAGCUUGGCUUCAGUGGAAAUUAUAGCCCCCAGGGCCAUUGGACAAAAUAUGAUGACCGUUUAAUGGAAAGCGUUGAAACGGAUGACAUAAAAAAAUUGAAGUCAGUUCUUCGGAAAAAGGAUGUAUCUUGUGUGAAGAAAGAUUCCAAUGGCAAAACUGCCUUGCAUCUUGCAUGCAUGCGAGGAAAACUCAAUUGCGUCAAAAUAAUGCUGAAAGCUGAAAAGCCAGACCUGACAAUUAUGGAUGAAAGUGGGAAAGUUCCUAUGCAUCUAGCGGCUCGUGGGGGACAUACAGAAUGCAUAAAGUGUUUGAUUCAAUGCUUGUCACCAGUUGACAUGCAAGACGUAGCUUCUAUGACGCCUUUGCAUCAUGCUGUAAGUGGCUGCCAUAAGGACGCCGUGGCUCUACUGCUUAAAUAUGGAGCACCUGUAAACAUCAAAGACAAGGAAGGGCGGACCGCUCUGAUAUUAGCUGUCCAGGGUGAAAGUGAAAAAAUUGUAGAACUUCUAUGCAGUUCAGGUGCACAUAUUGAUAAUCAGGAUCAUCUUGGAAGGACUGCGUUGAUGUAUGCAAGUGAAUAUGGGCUGCAAAACAUUGUCGAGUCAUUGAUUUUGAAGGGGGCUGAUCCUUUCAUUAAAGAUUUAGAUGGAAACUCAGCUGAAUCAUUCGCAAAGGCAUCUGGAAGCCAAGAAAUUGCUGAAAUUCUGGCAAAAAGAAUGACCAAUGACUGUCAAAUAGAGAAAAUAGACGGAACAAAUGAAGAACUUGGAAACGAUGAUACUUCAGAGCUCGAUUCUACAGUUGCAGGGGAUGACAUAACUCUGAAUUCUUCAUCUUCGUUUGGUGAAAUGUCAUAUCAAGAUGGCAUUUCUCAAAGCUCACCGAAAUCUCCCAGUGGCCUGGAAUUUGGCAUGGGCGAGGCAAUUGAAGCCCAUAGAGAGCUUUUCUUGCUGAAGGCCGAACUGAAAACCGAAACAUUGAAAAGAACAAAGGCCGAGAAAGAGUUGAGAAGUCUUCGCUUACAACUGGAAGAUCGACAGGACAUUGAUGAAGAAACGCCGCUCGAUUUUAGUGACGCUGACUGCAACACUAUCCUCAGUGAGAUUGAGAAGUGCGUCCCAUCUCCUUUGAAAGGUCUUUCGCUCUUUGAAGAGGAAGAUUCACCGCUGGUUUCGUCAUUGCGAGGCCAAACCCACGCGCUAGAGGCUCAGAUUGACAGGCUCAAGAAAGAACUCGAGGAAACGAAAUGCAACAACAACAACAACAGCAACGGUGCCUUGGAAACAAAAAUACCCCUUACAGCGUACAAAGCACUGAAGGAAUCUCAACAAAAAUUUGCUGAAGAAAAGCAAAGCGAAAUAGAUUCAUUAAAGAGCGAGUUGCAAGUUAUGAACGAAAAGGAAGCAAGUUUAAUAAAAGAGAAUGAGUUGCUUAAAGAUAAACUUGGCAGCUGUAAGGAAACACUUGAAAAGGCGGACAAAAAAGAAAAAAUCAGAGAACUUAACGAGAAAAUUGUUUCUUUGAAGAUUGAGUUGUCGCGCGUCGACCAGCUGAAAAAUGAAAAUGAGCUGCUCAAACUACAACUACAAAAUUUUGGCAGCCAAAAAGUAUGUUCUUGCUCCAGCGAACCUGAAAUUGAUCAGGAAUGGAAAAAGAGCUAUGAUACAAAGAUUCAGCUAUAUCGAGGAGCCCUUCUGUCGAUUUACCAAGGCAACGUGGAUACAAAACUGGACAGUGUGCUUUGCCAAGUUUUAAAAUUACGUGGUUGUAAGAUAACUGAACUGUAGGUUGAUUCAAGUAGGUUGCGUUCAAGGUUAGCAGUUAAGGAACAUGUAACUUCGCCUUUCUGUCAAAAUUGAAAGCAAUACAGUUAGCAUUUGUAUUCAAUAGCUAUAAAAAUGUUACUCUCAAGUAACUUUACACCUCGUAAAACGCCCAAUGUCGCAUAACGACGAUCCUUUUAAAAAAACUGUAUAUCUAUAUUGGUUAUAGUUAUGUGAAUAUUCAAAUUAGAGCAAAUUAUUCAAAUGGAGUAAAUAUUUUGAUCUAGUGAUAGAUUUUUGUUGUUAGU